AAAAAUUUAAUUUUUCAUUUCAUUUCACACUCACUCGCUUACUCACUUCAUUCCAUUUCUCUCCGAAAACCCUCUUUCUCUCACGCUCGUUGUUGUUUCGAUCGGUUUCGUGUAAUGAUGGUUUUGCGGUGAGCUGAGUGAGACGCUCGAAUUGAACAGCUUUUGUUUCGCUCCUGAGGCACUAUAAUUGAUCACGAAAGUAAUGGAGGAUAAUCCCCCUUCAAGUGUUUUAGAUGGGACCGUUGUUGGGAUCAAAUUUGGUAUGGCUACACAUCAGGAAAUUUGUACAGCAUCCAUUAGUGAGUCUUCAAUUAGUCAUGCUAGUCAGCUGUCAAAUCCAUUCCUUGGGCUGCCCCUUGAAUUUGGCAGAUGUGAAUCUUGUGGUACCUCUGAAGUUGGAAAAUGCGAAGGUCAUUUUGGAUAUGUGGAACUACCGGUUCCUAUAUACCAUCCGAGCCAUAUCAGUGAAUUGAAACGGAUGCUGAGCGUGGUCUGCUUAAAUUGCUUAAAAAUGAGGAAAACCAAGUUUCCAGCUUCAAGCAGUGGCUUAGCACAAAGAUUAAUAUCUCCAUGUUGCCAGGAUGUUAAUGCUGCUCUAGUUUCUAUUCGGGAAGUUAAAACAAGUGACGGGGCUUGUUAUUUGGCGCUGAAAGUAUCCAAAUCCAAGAUUCAUGAUGGUUUUUGGAGUUUCUUAGAAAAAUAUGGCUAUCGCUAUGAGGGUGAUGACACUCGAGCCUUGCUUCCUUGUGAGGCAAUGGAAAUUAUUAAGAGAAUUCCGAUAGAGACAAAAAAAAAGCUUGCUGGAAAAGGAUUUUUUCCUCAAGAUGGAUAUGUUUUGAAGUAUCUUCCGGUGCCACCAAAUUGCUUGUCUGUGCCAGAAGUUUCAGACGGUGUCAGUGUCAUGUCGUCGGAUCCUUCCAUGACAAUUCUCAGAAAAUUGCUCAGGAAGGUUGAAAUCAUAAAAAGCUCUAGAUCUGGUGAACCAAAUUUCGAGUCUCAUCACGUGGAAGCAAAUGAUUUGCAGUCUGUGGUUGAUCAAUAUUUUCAAAUUAGGGGCACUUCUAAGCCAGCACGUGAUAUAGAGACACAUUUUGGGGUCAAUAAAGAGCUUACUGCAUCCUCAACAAAAGCAUGGCUUGAGAAAAUGAGGACAUUAUUUAUAAGAAAGGGUUCAGGUUUUUCGUCCCGGAAUGUAAUUACUGGAGAUUGUUAUAAGAGGAUAAAUGAAGUAGGAAUUCCGGUUGAAGUUGCCCAGCGGAUAACAUUUGAGGAGAGAGUUAACAUCCACAACAUCAGAUAUUUACAGAAGUUGGUUGAUGAACAUUUGUGCCUGACCUACAAGGAAGGUGUGUCAACUUAUUCACUCAGGGAGGGCUCUAAGGGGCACAUAUAUCUCAAGCCUGGUCAGAUAGUGCAUCGGAGGAUUAUGGAUGGGGAUAUUGUCUUCAUCAACAGACCACCUACAACACACAAACAUUCCUUACAAGCCCUUUAUGUUUACAUCCAUGAAGACCACACUGUGAAGAUUAAUCCUUUAAUUUGUGGACCGCUUGGGGCUGAUUUUGAUGGUGACUGUGUCCAUCUGUUUUAUCCGCAGUCACUUGCUGCUAAAGCUGAAGUUGUGGAGCUAUUUGCUGUGGAGAAUCAGCUGCUCAGCUCUCACAGUGGUAAUUUGAACCUACAGUUAUCCACAGACUCAUUGUUGGCACUGAAGAUGUUGGUCAAGAGAUGUUUUUUGGGUAGAGCGGCAGCUAAUCAAUUGGCGAUGUUUCUUUUGCUUCCUUUGCCUCGGCCUGCUUUGCUCAAGGCCAGUUCUGAUGAUGCUUGUUGGACUUCCAUCCAAAUUUUACAGGGUGCAUUACCUAUGGGUUUUGAUUGCACUGGGGGACGAUAUUUGAUUAGGCAGAGUGAAAUCUUAGAAUUUGAUUUCAGCAGGGAUGCUCUGCCUGCAACCAUAAAUGAAAUAGCAGCUUCAAUUUUCUUUGGCAAGGGUCCCAUGGAGGCACUUAAAUUCUUCGAUGUAUUGCAACCCUUUUUGAUGGAAAGCUUAUUUGCGGAAGGGUUUAGUGUUAGCCUGGAAGAGUUUUCAAUAUCCAGGGCAAUCAAAAGGAUAAUAAGAAGAAGCAUUGGAAAGGCUUCUUCUCUGCUGUAUCAGCUGAGGUCCUUAUACAAUGAGCUGGUGGCGCAGCAACUGGAGAAGCACAUUCAAGAUGUUGAACUUCCUAUCAUUAAUUUUGCUCUAAAGUCGACUAAAUUAGGAGAUUUAAUUGAUUCGAAGAGUAAAUCUACUAUUGAUAAGGUUGUUCAGCAGGUUGGGUUCUUAGGGCAGCAACUUUUUGAUAGGGGAAGAUUCUACUCAAAGGGAUUGGUAGAUGAUGUGGCAUCACAUUUUCAUGCAAAGUGUUGUUAUGAAGGGGAUGGUUAUCCCUCUGCUGAGUAUGGACUGCUCAAAGGGUGUUUUUUUAAUGGUUUGGAUCCAUAUGAAGAGAUGGUGCAUUCAAUUUCAACUAGGGAAAUAAUGGUGCGUUCUUCAAGAGGAUUAUCUGAACCAGGAACUCUCUUUAAGAAUUUGAUGGCCAUCCUUCGGGAUGUUGUUAUCUGUUAUGAUGGAACUGUCAGAAACAUUUGUAGUAAUUCCAUCAUCCAGUUUGAAUAUGGGAUACAAGCUGGAGACAAAACUGAGCACUUAUUCCCUGCUGGUGAGCCUGUAGGUGUCUUGGCAGCAACUGCUAUGUCGAAUCCUGCUUACAAGGCUGUUCUUGAUGCUAGUCCUAAUAGCAACUCUUCAUGGGAGUUGAUGAAGGAAAUAUUACUCUGCAAGGUUAAUUUUAGGAAUGAACCUGUUGAUCGGCGUGUCAUUUUGUACUUGAAUGACUGUGAUUGUGGAGGGAGUUGUUGCCGAGAAAAUGCAGCAUAUUCAGUUAAAAAUCAAUUGAGAAAAGUCAGUCUCAAGAAUGCAGCUGUGGAGUUCAUUAUUGAAUACCAACAACAGCGAACUCAAAAGGAAAAUUCUGAAACUGAUGCUGGACUUGUUGGUCAUAUUUAUCUGGAUGAGAUGAUGUUAGAGGAGCUGAAGAUCAGCAUGGCCAAUGUUUUUGAAAAAUGCCUAGAAAGACUCAAGUCUUUUAGUCGGAAAAAGAAAGUUAAUCAAUAUUUGAAGAACAUUGAAUUAUCAUUUAGUGAGUCUUGCUCAUCUUCACAUCCUGCUGCACCAUGUUUAACAUUUUGGCUAAAGAAUCAUGAUAGUGAUUUAGAUAAUGCUGUAAAGGUCCUGUCUGAAAAUAUCUGCCCUGUUCUGUUCGAAACAAUAAUCAAAGGAGACCCGCGCAUUAGCUCUGCAAGUAUAAUCUGGGUUAGUCCAGAUACAAACACAUGGGUCCGAAACCCUUAUAAAUCAUCUAAUGGUGAAUUGGCACUUGACAUCGUUCUUGAGGAGGAAGCUGUCAAGCAGAGUGGCGAUGCUUGGAGAAUUGUACUUGAUUCCUGCCUUCCUGUUCUUCACUUGAUUGAUACCAGGCGUUCCAUCCCUUACGCUAUUAAGCAGAUUCAGGAAUUACUGGGGAUAUCAUGUACUUUUGAUCAAGCGAUUCAGCGUGUUGCAGCAUCUGUGAAAAUGGUGGCGAAAGGUGUACUUAGGGAGCAUCUAAUUCUGUUAGCUAGUAGUAUGACAUGUGGUGGGAACUUGGUUGGCUUUAAUACAGGUGGAUAUAAAGCUCUCUCUCGUCAAUUAAAUAUACAAGUACCGUUCACAGAUGCAACACUCUUUACACCUAAAAAGUGUUUUGAGAGAGCUGCUGAGAAAUGCCAUACUGAUUCUCUGUCAAGCAUAGUUGCCUCCUGUUCCUGGGGUAAACAUGUGGCAGUUGGUACAGGAUCAAAAUUUGACAUUGUUUGGGAUUCAAGUGAGAUAAAAUCAAAUGAAAUUGAAGGGAUGGAUGUUUACAGUUUUCUUCACAUGGUGAAAAGUGUAACCAAUGGGGAAGAAGAAACUGAUGCUUGUUUGGGUGAAGAUAUUGAUGAUUUGCUGGAAGAAGAAUAUAUGGACUUGGGCAUGUCCCCACAACACAACUCUGGUUUUGAAGCUGUAUUUGAAGAGAAUCCUGAAGUACUGAAUGGUUCAACAUCCAAUGGUUGGGAUGUAAGUUCAAAUCAGACUCAAUCAAAAACCAAUGAGUGGUCAGGUUGGGCAAGUAGUAACAAAGAUGGUAGAUCUGAAACUGCCCAAGAGAAUUCUUGGGGGAAAACUGUCAACCAAGAAGACUCUUCCAAGUCUAACGCUUGGAAUACAAGCACCACAGCAGAUCAGACAAAAACUAAAUCUAAUGAAUGGUCUGCCUGGGGUAGUAACAAGUCUGAAAUACCAGCUGGUGGAUCUAAAGCAGUUCAAGAAGACUCUUCCAAGUCUAACGCUUGGAAUACAAGCACCACAUCAAAUCAGACAAAAACUAAAUCUAAGGAAUGGUCUGCCUGGGGAAGUAACAAGUCUGAAAUACCAGCUUGUGGAUCUAAAGCAGUUCAAGAAGACUCUUCCAAGUCUAACACUUGGAAUACAAGCACCACAGCAGAUCAGACAAAAACUAAAUCUAAUGAAUGGUCUGCCUGGGGAAGUAACAAGUCUGAAAUACCAGCUGGUGGAUCUAAAGCAGUUCAAGAGGACUCUUCCAAGUCUAACGCUUGGAAUACAAGUACCACAGUAGAUCAGACAAAAACUAAAUCUAAUGAAUGGUCUGCCUGGGAAAGUAACAAGUCUGAAAUACCAGCUGGUGGAUCUAAAGCAGUUCAAGAGGACUCUUCCAAGUCUAACGCUUGGAAUAGAAGCACCACAGCAGAUCAGACAAAAACUAAAUCUAAUGAAUGGUCUGCCUGGGGAAGUAACAAGUCUGAAAUACCAGCUGGUGGAUCUAAAGCAGUUCAAGAGGACUCUUCCAAGUCUAAUGCUUGGAAUACAAGCACCACAGCAGAUCAGACAAAAACUAAAUCUAAUGAAUGGUCUGCCUGGGGAAGUAACAAGUCUGAAAUACCAGCUGGUGGAUCUAAAGCAGUUCAAGAAGAUUCUUCCAAAGCUUGGAAUACAAGCACCACAGCAGAUCAGACAAAAACUAAAUCUAAUGAAUGGUCUGCCCGGGUAAGUAACAAGUCUGAAAUACCAGCUGGUGGAUCUAAAGCAGUUCAAGAAGAUUCUUGGGGCUCCAGUAAGUGGAAGGCUGAUGUUGCCCAAGAAGACAAUUCCAGGCUUGGUGCUUGGGAUGCAAAUGCAGCAGAUCAGACAAAAUCUAAUGAAUGGUCGGGCUGGGGAAAGAAGAAAGAUGUUACCCAAGAAGACAAUGUGCAACAUUCUUGGGGCUCUGGUAAGAGGAAAGACAAAGUUACCCAAGAAGACAAUUCUGGCUCUGGUGAUUGGGGUGCCAACAGAACAGAUCUGGCAAUUACCAAAUCUAGUGAAUGGUCCAGCUGGGGAAAGAACAAGACUGAAAUACCAGCUGGUGGAUCUGCAAAUGUGCAGAAUGACUCAUGGGGCUUGGGUAAAUUGAAUGAUACCCAAAAAGAUAAUUCUGGUUGUGGUGCUUGGGGUGAAAAUUCUGGGUCUGCAUGGGUGAGAAAUAAAGCUGAAACAAUAGAUGGUGGAUCAGAAAAGCCCCAAGAGGAUGCUUGGAACUCUGGCAAUUGGAAAGCUGAAUCAAAAGUUGGCAAUACCUCUUGGGGAAAACCCAAGUCUUCAGAAAGUCAUGCAUGGGAUUCCCAUAAUCAGUCAAAUCAAAAUUCAAGUUCACAGGGGUGGGAAUCACAUAUUGCUUCAGCUAAUUCAGAAAAUGAGAAAGGUUUUCAGUGGGGAAAAGGUAGAGACUCGUUUAAGAAAAAUCGAUUUGAAGGUUCGCAAGGUCGGGGUUCAAAUGCUGGUGACUGGAAAAAUAGGAAUCGCCCGCCUAGAGCACCUGGACAGAGAUUGGACAUUUACUCAUCUGAGGAGCAGGAUGUUCUGAAGGAUAUUGAACCCAUUAUGCAGUCUAUCAGACGAAUCAUGCAACAACAGGGGUACAGUGAUGGGGAUCCACUGGCUGCUGAAGAUCAACUUUUUGUACUUGAGAAUGUCUUUGAGCACCACCCAGAUAAAGAAACCAAAAUGGGUGCUGGAAUUGAUUAUGUCAUGGUUAACAAACACAGUAGCUUCCAGGAAAGUAGAUGCUUUUAUGUGGUUUGUAAAGAUGGUCAAAGCAAAGACUUUUCCUACCGGAAGUGUUUGGCCAACUAUAUAAGCAAGAAGUAUCCUGACCUUGCUGAAUCAUUCCUUGGCAAAUAUUUUCGGAAACCUCGUGCUAGGGGGGACCAGACUGCAACACUAGGGGGAGACCAGACUGCAACACCAGCGCAGGAUGAAGCAGCCACUUCGGGUGAGUAGAUUAGGGUUGUGUCCAUAAUAUUGUACAGAAACGGUGUAGUUGAGGCCACUGAAUAGUUCGUCAUAGCUGACCAAUUUUCCUGUAGGAAAGUGUUCCUCUUUUUGGUGACAGUUAGAUGGUAAUUUUUUUUCACAUGCGAAUGAUGAUAGCAAACACCCUUUUGCCGAUGUUAAUAUUGUUCUAAUGAUUACAGCACUUAUGAUGUGCCUAGCAAACUUUGCUCAUCAUUUUAUUUAAACCAUCAAUUGCACCUGGGUUUCAGACAUUGAUUGGACCACUGAUACAAAAAUGGCAUCCUUCUGAUUAGAGUUUCAUGAAUCAGUUGUGGCUUAUAUUUUGUUUAAUAGGUUUCUAGGCAUUUCCGAGUUAUAUUUAAACCGGUAGAAUUUCUUUGA